AUGGAGGCGAUGGGCAAGGAUAAUUCUCAGUCGGUCGGCUUUGUUUUAUCGACAUCCUGGAGCAUGUCUGAAAUAAAUUCUUGGCUUCUGGAGAAGGCCCCCGAGCUAAAGUCGUGUUAUUUUGUUGCUUUCAUAUGCAACAGCGGAAGUGAAAUCUACUACCCGUCUGCAAGUCCUGAUUCCGAGUCACAGUAUGUGGUCGAUUCGGAUUAUUAUUCACACAUCGACUAUCGUUGGGGUGGGGAAAGCUUGAGGAAUACCUUGGUAAGGUGGGCCACGUCUAUCAAUGAUAAAACAAAUGAUGGAGCUGUCAUCAGUGAAGUCGACUCGGAAUCUUCCCACUGCUACGAAUUCAGGCUUCGUGACCCUGACCCUGCAGUGGUUCCUGGUUUCCAGGAGCUGAGGAGACUGAUGAGAAUACAGGCACUACGGUGCCAUGCGGUGUACUGUAGCAAUGGUGAGAGGAUAAAUGUGAUUCCGGUGCUGGCUUCGCGCGCCCAAGCAAUAAGGUAUCUGUACGUGAGGUGGGGAAUGGAAUUGUCCAACGUGGUGGUUUUUCUGGGAGAGUCGGGGGACUCUGACUAUGAGGGCUUGGUCGGUGGGCUCCACAAAACGGUGACUGUAAAGGGAAGCGGGUCUCGUGCAGCGGCCAAUCAGAUACACGCCAACAGGAGUUACUCUCUGGAAGAUGUGGUGCCUAAUGACGACCCAAAGAGUGCCGAAUGCUAUGUGGAUGGCAUCAGGGACACACUCCACAAACUGGGUCGUCUUAAUUAA